GUACAACGGGUUAAAACCUAAUAUAUUUAGUUCACUUUAACACACAGUAAGUUAGGCUUUUGUUAAACACUGUAAUAAAACAAUGUUAAAAUUUAGAUCCGACGCUUCCUCUACAGUAAGUGAAUCUUCUGAAAAUAGAUGGCGAAAAGUUGUGAUCGCCAUGGAUGGAAGUGAACAGGCCAAGUACGCCCUAAAAUGGUAUGUUGCCAAUAUAUACCGGCAGGGGGACAGAAUAAUCUUGGUACAUGCUAUGGAACAUCACCUCGCUAGACUCCUUACAGAUACCGAAAAGGACACAGACAGAAGUUCAAAGGCGGACGAAGAAGAAAGAAGAAAACUGAAAGCCAAGCUAGACUCUUACCAACAACUCCUUACUGACUUCAAGUUGAUGGGAGAAAUCAAGCCAGUUUCGGAUAAGACACCAGGAAAGGCCAUCCUGUCGGCUGUAGAGGAGCUACACGCUGACGUGCUGGUCACCGGGAUCACGUGGUCAUGGUACUCUUCGACGGGCCAUACUGGGUAGUGUCAGUGAAUACCUACUACACCGGAUACAGAUACCUGUGAUCAUAUGUAGAGAACACUCGUCUGAAUUGUGAUCAUCUGUAGAGAACACUCGUCUGAAUUGUGAUCAUCUGUAGAGAACACUCGUCUGAAUUGUGAUCAUCUGUAGGGAGAACUAGACUGACUCGUGAUCAUCUGUAGAGAACACUCGUCUGAAUUGUGAUCAUCUGUAGAGAACACUCGUCUGAAUUGUGAUCAUCUGUAGAGAACACUCGUCUGAAUUGUGAUCAUCUGUAGGGAGAGGGCUCGUCUGAAUUGUGAUCAUCUGUAGAGAACACUCGUCUGAAUUGUGAUCAUCUAUAGAGAACACUCGUCUGAAUUGUGAUCAUAUGUAGGGAGAGCGCACCUGAAUUGUGAUCAUCUGUAGGGAGAGCGCACCUGAAUUGUGAUCAUCUGAAGGGAGAGCUCGUCUGAAUUGUGAUCAUCUGUAGGGAGAGCGCACCUGAAUUGUGAUCAUCUGUAGAGAACACUCGUCUGAAUUGUGAUCAUCUGUAGAGAACACUCGCCUAAAUUGUGAUCAUAUGUAGGGAGAGCGCGCCUGAAUUGUGAUCAUCUGAAGAGAACACUCGUCUGAAAUGUGAUCAUCUGUAGGGAAAGCGCGCCUGAAUUGUGAUCAUCUGUAGGGAGAACACGUCUGACUCGUGAUCAUCUGUAGAGAGAGAGUUCGUCGGGCGUGUGAUCAUUUGUAGGGAGCAUCCGUCUGAAUUGUGAUCAUAUGUAUGGAAAGCUCGUAUGACUUGUGAUGAUAUGAAGAGAGAGUUCUUAUGACUUGUGAUCAUAUGUAGAGAGAGCUCGUAUGACGUGUUAUCUGAUGUAGAGAGAGUUCGUCUGACUUGUGAUCAUCUGUAUGGAGAGUUCGUAUGACUUGUGAUCUAAUGAGGAGAGAGUUCGUCUGACUUCAGAUUAUAUGUAGAGAGAGCUCGUCUGACUUGAGAUCAUCUGUAUGGAGAGUUCGUAUGACUUGUGAUCAUCUGUAUGGAGAGUUCGUCUGACUUGUGAUCAUCUGUAUGGAGAGUUCGUCUGACUUGUGAUCAUCUGUAUGGAGAGUUCGUAUAACUUGUGAUCAUCUGUAUGGAGAGUUCGUCUGACUUGUGAUCAUCUGUAUGGAGAGUUCGUAUGACUUGCGAUCAUAUCAAGAGAGAGAGUUCGUCUGACUUGUGAUCAUAUGUAGUGCAUGCAGGGAGAGUUUUUCGUGUGCGUGAUCAAUGUACCCGAUAGAUUCGCAUAAAUCAUAGGUUUUAUUAAAGCGUAUGCCAUAACGUCGAAAGCUCUUUUACGAGAAGCAGCGACUUCAAGGUUAAAACUUCUCAUUCUUGUAUGUAUAAUGAUUUCACUUCUGUGAUAAAAUACAUAACCAAAGCUAAGUCUUGGUAAUAAAAUGUGUGAAUUCA